UGGGUGGGAGCGAGGAGAAACGUGGUAUCCCCAAGGAAGAGGGUAUCCUGACAAGUCGAGCCGGUUCAACCUUUAGAUCAAUUAACUGAUUACAUUCUGGUAACGAUUAAGAAUCUCAAGUCGUCUUCAGGGUUAAACAUCACACACGGACCAACACUUUCAACCCCUUUCACGGCUCCUCACGGUUCCCAUUCAGUCCCACCAACAACCCCCACAUUCGGGCCCGCAGGUUGCUUAAGCUGUCGUCUGAAUCAACAUGGAUGCGGCCGACCUGCGGUCCGGCCCGAGUCCGAGGGGACCCGAUCAACCGGCGAGCGAUGGAGGCUCUCCGGCGGGGCCUGUAACACCUCCGGAUUGUCCGGCCACGGCACAGAUACCGGACCCGGAGACCCCGGCUCCUCUUCAAGUAGAUCCCGACCGACACAACAUCCGCGAUGAUGAUGUUGAUUCCGCAUAUGGCUCGGACACUUGGACGACGGGUACGGGAUCCAUCACGUCCUCCAUCUACAACUACACGUACGAGAAUGGCCGGAGAUACCACGCCUACCGGGAGGGCGAGUACGUGCUGCCAAACGACGAGCAGGAGCAGGAGCGACUGGACCUGCAGCAUCACAUCUGGCGGCUGCUGCUGGGCGGCGCGCUGUACACGGCGCCGCUGGCCGAGUACAUGGAGAAGGCCGGGGACCAGAUACGCAUCCUGGACCUCGGGUGCGGCACGGGCCUCUGGGCCAUCGAGGUGGCGGACGAGCUGUCCAACGCGGCGGUGCUCGGGGUGGACCUGUCGCCCAUCCAGCCCGAGUGGGUGCCGCCGAACCUCAAGUUCUACGUCGACGACUACGAGGACGCGUGGACGUACACGGACAACGAGACGUUCGACUACAUCCACGGGCGCGCCCUCAGCGGCACGUCGGCCAACUGGCCGCGCUUCUACCAGCAGGCCAUGGCCAACCUCAAGCCCGGCGGGUGGGUGGAGAUGCAGGAGUACGACGCGUGGAUCUUCAGCGACGACGACAGCUGCGGCCGGGCGCCGUGGACGAUGGAGUGGGUCGAGAAGCUGGACGCCGCGAGCCAGAUGUUCGGGAAGCGCCUCAACGUCGCCAGGCUCCACAGGCAGUGGAUGGUCGACGCGGGCUUCGUCGACGUCACCGAGCGCGUCGAGCGCAUCCCCAUCGGCCCGUGGACCAAGGACGAGAGGCUCAAGGAGCUGGGCCGCUACGAGCUGGCCCACAUGCAGAUGUCGGUCGACUCGCACACGCCGGCCCUGUUCACGAGGGUGCUGUCCUACUCCAACGAGCAGGCCAGGGUGCUAAUCGAGGGCGUCAAGCGGGAGUUUAGGAGCAGGGACCUCAGGUUGAUCACUAGCUAUCGGUUCAUCACUGGGCGGAAACCGGGCUCGGCAUAGUUUGUCGGUGGAAUUCUGCGCUUGCGAUUAUAAGCUGUGGUGCUUGAAUCAUUAAUUAAGUGCUGGCGAUGUGGGCUAUGUUUGCUGGUGUUCUCUGUCCGACAUUUCGUGUAAUUUCAGUGUUCCUCAUUGCAGCGGCUGGCCGUUGUUUAACGUCGCUCCAAGACUUGGGGUCUCAUAGAAAGAGAGAGGUAUAUCAAACAAAAAAACCCACCUUAGAA